UUGGUGUGCUUUUGACAGUUCCUUUCAUUAUCUAUAAACAAGAGAAUAUUGAAAAUAUAUGUGGUUUUACGUGUAAUUUACAAAAAUAUAUCGUUAUGUCUGAUUCGGAAGAUGAUUAUAUGUCUUAUAAGGUCCUGGUUGAUUGUCAGGAAGAUGUGCGUCCAAGUUUAUUAUUUAACAGGGAGAAACGCAAAUUGGAUAUGUUUAAGAAAAAACAAGAAACCACGAAUAAACGUCAGAAGACAAUAGGUGAACUUGAAAGAGAAAAUCGAGACAAGGGUUUAAAUACAUUAAUAUCAUCUGAAAAUAAAGGAUUUAAAUUGCUUGAAAAGAUGGGUUUUAAACCCGGUGAAAGUCUUGGUAAAAAUAAAACUGGUAUAAAGGAACCCAUUGAUAUUGUUUAUAAACAAGGUACUUCUGGCAUUGGCAGAGAGUCUCACUUAAGGGAAGUAAUCUCUCAAAAACAGCAACAAAAAAUAAAAAAUUUGAAGCAUUAUGAAACACAGUACAGAUUAGCUAAUAAAGAAAGGAAGAAUUUACUUCAAAUAAGGAGGGACUUUUUUAAGGCUCAAAAAGUGUGUGAAGAAUUAGAUUACAGAAGUAAAAUAAGAGAUCCUGUAGAGGAUUUCUUUUGGACGAAAGAUACUAUAAAGAAGAGGAGAAAAAUGGAGAGGAGUGAAACUGCAGAUGAUACUGACAGCAGCGAUGAAGAUGAGGAAUUUGAAAUGUAUAUUACGGAAGAAAAUCUCUUUGCAAUAAUAGAUUACCUUAGGAGUAAACAUUUAUAUUGUCUUUAUUGUGUUAUUACGGGUAUAGAUAUCGAGGAUUUAAAAGAAAAUUGUCCUGGACCUUACCGAUUGGACCAUGAUGAUGAGAUGGAGUAAAAUAUCUUUGAAAAGUACCUAAACUUAACUCAAUCCUAAUUUUGUUUAAAUGUUGUUUUAUUUAUGUAUAGAUCAUUACAUUUAAUGAAUUAGUUAAGUUGUUUGAAAUUAUUUA